AUGGCGACUUGCCACCAUGGUCACAGCCGCCCUGCCGUGGCGCGCCAGGCCUUCCGCUGCCUCCUUCUCCUCGGCGCAAGCCUUGCCUGUCGCUCUCUCCCAAGCGCACUGGCAGUGCGGCUACAUGAGGCAGAUGCCGAGAGCCUAGAGGUGCUGGCCUACCUGUGGGGCAAUUUUGCUGGCAGUGACACGUGGUCGUGGCGCCACGUGGACUGCAGGGCAAUGGAUGGCAUCAAGUGCGACGAUGACGGAUACGUCAUUGCCAUAAUCUUGUCCUACAAGAAUAUUGGAAAUUCUAUACCCGAGGAAAUAAGCCAAUUUCAACACCUCAGAUUCCUGUGA